AUUCACCAGCGAGGUCUUGGGUUUCGGCUUGCACCUCGCCUCGGAUGAGGUCCUCUGUGCAUAGACACUCCAGGUGUCGCUGACUCCUCCUCUUCACACAAGGCCACCCAGGGCCUCUCCUCUAUUCGGGAGUAUCCGAGGCCCGAGGCUCGCGGAGGCAGGGGUAGAGUCCACUGUGCCAAGCUCAGCAGCCGGUGGCCCAGAGAGAAGCAACCAGUGCCUCGGAAGUCAACUGAAAUGAACUGGCCCCCUUGAGCCUUUCCAAUACCUGGUAACCACUUUCCAUCCCAAUGCUGAGAUGGUUUUUGAUCAUCCUGAGAACGAGCCUUGGCCUCCAGACCUAUUAGAGUGAAACUCAUCCCCAUGGAGAAUAGUGCUGGUUCCUGAGGACCUGGAGGGCCUUCAGCCCCAAAGGGAUUAGCUAGAAACAGGCUUGCUUCCUGCUCAGAACAGUGGCUUUCCUGCACGUACCUUUCAUUAUGAUCCAUACCAACUUGAAGAAAAAAUUCAGCUGUUUUGUCCUGGCCUUUGUCCUGUUUGCACUCAUCUUUGUGUGGAAGAAAGGGAACUACUAUGAGGCUGUCACAUUGCAAGCCGAAGAGUUCCAGAUGCCGAAGAGCCUGGAGGAACUGGCCAUGGGGUCUGGUUCCCAGUCUGUGUCCGCAAGCAUCAGACAAGACCCUAAGCAAAGCACUCGAACCCUCAGUCAACCCAGGGUCCCAACCAAGGGCAAACUACAGCGUGCCUUCCCGGUGUGGGACAAGAGCUCCUCAUACAAAAACGUUGAGCCCAGGCUGCAGAACAUCUGGAAGAAUUAUCUGAACAUGAACAAGUAUAAAGUGUCCUACAAGGGGCCAGGGCCAGGGAUCAAGUUUAGUGCAGAGGCCCUUCGCUGCCGCCUUCGAGACAAUGUGAACGUAUCCAUGAUAGAGGCCACAGAUUUUCCCUUCAACGCCCCUGACUGGGAGGAUAUCUUGCCUGAGGAGGACAUUAGGGCCAAGGCUGGACCAUGGCACAAGUGUGCUGUUGUUUCCUCUGCAGGAGCUUUGAAAUCCUCCCGGCUGGGCCGAGAGAUUGAUAAUCAUGAUGCAGUCCUGAGGUUUAAUCGGGCACCCACAGCCAACUUCGAACAGGAUGUGGGCACGAAAACUACCAUUCGCCUAGUGAAUUCUCAGUUGAUCACUACAGACCGCCACUUCCUGGAAGACAGUUUGUACAACGAAGGAAUCUUAAUUGUGUGGGACCCAUCUAUGUAUCAUGCGGAUAUUCCAGAGUGGUUUGGAAGCCCGGACUACGAUUUCUUUGAAACGUAUCAGAAUUACCGCAGGCGGCACCCCAACCAGCCCUUUUACAUUCUCAGGCCCCAGAUGCCAUGGCAACUGUGGGACAUCAUUCAGGAGAUCUCUCCAGAUCAGAUUCAGCCAAAUCCCCCAUCCUCUGGCAUGCUGGGCAUCAUCAUCAUGAUGACACUGUGUGACCAGGUGGACAUUUACGAGUUCCUCCCCUCCAAGCGCAAGACGAACGUAUGCUACUAUUACCAGAAGUUCUUCGAGAGCGCCUGCACCAUGGGCGCCUACCACCCCCUCCUCUUCGAGAAGAAUUUGGUGAAGCAUCUCAACGAGGGAACAGAUGAAGACAUUUACUUGUUUGGGAAAGCCACUCUGUCUGGCUUUCGGGGCAUGCAUUGUCCCUAGCAAUGGAUGGUCUCCUGGUUGCCACGGCUUGAAGGAGUGUUUUCUUUCAACAGGCCCAGCCUACUUGCACUCUAAGGAGUUUUGUUGGCAAGAGUGAUGGGUCCUCCUCCAGAGUCUGAAGGCAAGAAGGUAGACCCAGCCUUCCCUGCAGCCACAGAGUAUAGGAGCGCAGAUUUCUGCCACACACAUUUCCUUCUAGACAGCAUUCUCCUUUCCUUCCAUAUGGAUAGGGGAAAGAUCCACAUUUCUCAACAGGGUUGCCAAACUAGACUUUUUUUUUUUUUUUUUCUCAGCUGAAUGAUGUCAUUCUCACAAAUCAGCAUACUCUGUGGCUCGAAAUCUCUCCCUAAGUAUUGAUUUCGCAUCUUAAAAGAAACUCUCCCAAAUCAUGAUUUGUGCUAUUUGCAGGGUGGCUGGGGGUGGGGGAGAAGGAAAUAAUUGGAGGAGCUUGCUCCGUUACUCUAGAGAAAAGUUGUUCCCGAGGGCACUCCCCUGGAGCAUAGAGGCCUGUUGUCACUGUGUCUGGCUAGGCUGAUCCUUAAGCCUGGGUGCUCAUGAUCGAAGGAUCUCAGGUAGCCAACUUCCUACUCCUUGUGGAGACCGAAAGGUACGGAAUUUCCUGUCUGUCCUCAGCCUAUUCACAGUUGAGCAGAAGAGAGAGACAGCCAACAGACAGCUAGAAUGAGGACAUUCUGCAUGCUCAGUGCAUGGGGCUUUAGAAGAGGGGCUUGUUGUCUGGACACGCAGGAGGGGCCAGCUCUGCCAUGUCCUUGUAGAGCUUUGACAUUGGGGAAGGUCUUAAAGGAGGAAGAGGUACAGGCCAUCUCGGUCAGAAGGUCUGUGUGUUCAUUCUUCUUUUUAUCACUGAUCUUACAUUCUGUAAGAUAUGUUAGAACAUGGAGGCCCAAGAUAUUUUUGUUAGAAAACCCGUACCCACAUUGGCACCAAGUGCCACCCCACAGAAGGCACCUGGUGAGCCCAACUGACUGGGGCUCUUUUUAUUUCUAUUUUUUAAAUGUCUACCCCCUACUCUUCUCAUAAUUGUUGCCAUGACUCUCCCUGAAAGCAGUCUUUUCUUCCUCAAUUACUUUUAAUCGUUUUCUGUCUGACAGAUAUCCUGAUCCCAACUUCUUUGACCUUAUGGGAUGCCCCCUCCCCCCAUGAAAGGUCACUCAGGGCGUGGGGAAUAUGCUUUCUAGGACUCAGGUUAGAAUCUUAAUCAAAGCUGAUUCUCGCAAGGUGUGAGGUGUGUGACCACAGACCUCACAGACGGGCUUGCUCUCCACCAGCUCCCUGCAAGGGAGAGUGACAUUGGUUUCUGGGCAGGAAGCACCCAAUGGGUUUGACAAACAUACUCUCACAAGGAUUUUCUGAGACAUCCCUGCCUGACUCACCUAGCCUAGCCCCAGUGUGGAGCGGUUCAGUGACUUACAGUGAAAAUGAAUGCUAUUGAACCAAGGUCACUCAGACACGAUCCACAGGACUCCCGAGGCUGGUCUGUGUGGUCAAGGGGCUCCUGUGUCUGAGCUGCAGACCCCCUGUCUUAGAGCUUAGACACUUGCUUAAUGCUGACCUUAUGUGGGCAAAAGAAAACCUAAAGUGAAAAGCCCUGAGUUUUCAGGUUGACCCCCACUUCCUCACUGUGCCACUUUCCACAAAGUCUCUUCUUUGUUUCCGUAUCUGUAAAAUGGGGGUGACAAUCCUACCUCACAGGGUUGUGUGGGGCCAGGGGGCACAGGAAAGCGAAUGACUGGGCUGGGUGAGGACCACAGGAAAGCACGUGGCUGGUCUGUGUCCAUGCCCUGUGUCCAUAGGAAAUAGGUACCCUCCAUGAUCAUUCCCAGGGCUGGGCCUUGCGGUGAGGGAGGACAGUGGAGAGGAGGGGCCACCCUUUCUGCUGUGAGGCAGCGGCACCAUUUGAAACAACCAGGAGCCUACUCCGCCUUGCUGCCUGUACCUCAGGUCUGUUUCUGCUUGAGGGUGCACGGAGCAUCAGGCUACCUGGCUGCUGCAUGGGAUGGCUGUAGGGAGUCCCUGGUUUGAUUCAAGUUCCGAUCUCACCUGCUCAUUGGAACUCAUCAGGACAGUGGAUGGAAUGCCCAGGAGGCUGAUGUUCUGUCAGCAGGAGGCACAUUAGAGAUGGAGGCUACACUGGGUAGAUUCUAGUUUUUACCUGUUAAUUAAUGUGAGAGAAUAAACUGAUAAUGUGUAAUGUGCUUCUGAUGUCAAUAAGACUUUCUCUGUGCUCUGUAAAUGUGGACAGACACCUGAGGAAAGUGGAAUGCAAUAUGAAUGUGAGUGUUGUCGUUAGUCUGGUGAGGUAUUUAAUAUUUGCAACAGGUAACUUAAAAUGAAUGACUGAAUGCUACAGGAAAGCCUCUGUCUACACGGCAUUGACUUUGGUAGCCAUCUAUGCAUCCUACGUUGUAGGAUCCUCUUGAUUUCUUCUGCCAAUCAAAUCUACUGUUGCUCUUGGUUUGGGGUUUGUGUCAGAAACUUUAAAGACAUACCUAUUAAUUCUAAAUUAUCCAAAGACUAUGUACAAAUUUUAAAAUAAAUGUCUUUUUCAAAAAUA